GACUUUUCUGAACAGAAAUUUAACAUAUCUAACACAUUUUCUCCCCCAAAUUUUUACCAAAAGGUUCCUUUAACGUGUAGUCUUCUCCAAUUCCAGAAAGAAUCUUUCAAUCUCACAACUUUAUAUAAAUAUACUCUUUCUAAAUCCUUAAAAUAAAAAGUACUUCACCCUCCCCUUUUGACUUUUCCUUUCUUCAUCUUCUUCUUCAUCAUCUCCUAUUUUUCUUCUUUUUCUUUCUUCUGUGUGUUGAUUUUAGUUUGUAUAUAUAUAUAUUUUUCUGAAGAAUUUUUGAAUGGAAUUAACGUGUUCUUCUCCACUUUCUGUGAACUCAACAAUCAGCUUCAAUCCUCAGCUUCGUCGCUAUGUUUCUGCUUACCCUCACAAGAGAUGUCAAACCGUGUUUUCGCUUUUCCCAUAUUGCCCUUCUUCCUCCUCUCAUAUUACUACCGCCACUACCGCUGCUUGUAGUACUAGCAGUUCUACUUCGUCCCUUUUUGGGAUUUCACUUUCUCAGAGACCCUGCAGCUUAAUUCCUCCUAAAAUCAAGCGCUCUUUGUAUAUUGUCUCUGGAGUGUUCGAGAGAUUUACUGAGAGAUCGAUCAAAGCUGUGAUGUUUUCUCAGAAGGAAGCAAAGGCUUUGGGCAAAGAUAUGGUGUAUACACAGCAUCUUUUACUGGGUCUGAUCGCGGAGGAUCGUAGCCCUGGUGGAUUCCUUGGUUCUCGAAUAACUAUUGAUAAAGCCCGCGAAGCUGUUCGGAGUAUAUGGCAUGACGACGUGGAGGAUGAUAAAGCAAAUUUGGCUUCUCAGGACUCCGGUUCUGCUACGUCGGCUACUGAUGUAGCGUUUUCUUCAAGUACGAAGCGCGUUUUUGAGGCUGCGGUUGAGUAUUCAAGGACCAUGGGGCAUAAUUUUAUUGCACCCGAGCAUAUGGCCUUUGGUUUGUUUACUGUUGAUGAUGGUAACGCCACUCGUGUGCUCAAGAGGUUAGGAGUAAAUGUAAAUCGUUUGGCAGCUGAGGCAGUUUCCAGGCUUCAAGGAGAGCUUGCUAAAGAUGGUAGAGAGCCAAUUUCAUUCAAAAGGUCGCGUGAGAAAUCCUUUCCUGGAAAAAUAACUAUCGACAGAUCUGCUGAGAAAGCAAAAGCAGAGAAAAAUGCUCUGGAGCAAUUCUGUGUAGAUCUUACUGCCCGUGCGAGUGAGGGCCUUAUAGACCCAGUAAUUGGCAGAGAGACUGAAGUUCAGAGAAUUAUCGAGAUUCUCUGCCGUCGAACCAAAAACAAUCCUAUUCUGCUUGGUCAAGCUGGGGUUGGGAAAACAGCGAUAGCCGAAGGGCUGGCGAUAAACAUUGCUGAGGGAAAUAUUCCUGCAUUUUUAAUGAAAAAGCGGGUAAUGUCUUUAGACAUCGGCCUACUCAUUUCAGGUGCAAAGGAGAGGGGCGAACUAGAGGGGCGUGUGACUACAUUAAUUAAGGAGGUCAAAAAGUCAGGCAAUAUCAUUCUAUUCAUAGAUGAGGUCCACAUCCUUGUUGGUGCUGGUACAGUUGGAAGGGGAAAUAAGGGUUCUGGUCUUGACAUUGCUAAUUUGCUAAAGCCAGCACUUGGGCGGGGUGAACUGCAGUGUAUUGCAUCUACCACCAUGGAUGAGUUCAGAUUGCAUAUUGAGAAGGACAAGGCCUUUGCCCGAAGGUUCCAGCCCGUCUUGAUUAAUGAACCAAGUCAGGCGGAUGCUGUCCAGAUACUGUUGGGAUUGCGUGAGAAAUAUGAGUCACAUCAUAAGUGUAUAUACAGUUUGGAAGCCAUAAAUGCUGCUGUGCAACUGUCAGCAAGAUAUAUACCGGAUAGGUAUCUUCCUGACAAAGCUAUUGAUCUUAUUGAUGAGGCUGGUAGUAAAUCUCGUAUGCAAGCUCACAAAAGAAGAAAGGAACAGCAGAUAUCUGUACUCUCACAAUCACCAAGUGAUUAUUGGCAGGAGAUUAGAGCUGUUCAAGCCAUGCAUGAAGUGAUCUUGGCAAGCAAGCUGACAGAAAAUGAUGAUGCAUCUCGUUUGAAUGAUGGCAGUGAACUUCAUUUACAGCCAGCAUCACCUUCUACAUCUGAUGAAGACGAACCUCCGGUAGUUGGACCUGAGGAAAUAGCAGCAGUUGCUUCACUCUGGACAGGCAUUCCCCUUAAGCAGCUUACUGUUGAUGAAAGAAUGCUUCUGGUUGGUCUUGAUGAGCAGCUUAAAAAAAGGGUCGUUGGUCAGGAUGAGGCUGUUGCAGCCAUUUGUCGGGCUGUUAAGAGAUCCAGAACUGGUCUUAAGGACCCAAAUAGACCAAUUUCGGCAAUGCUCUUCUGUGGUCCUACUGGAGUUGGAAAAUCUGAACUAGCUAAAGCUUUGGCAGCGUCUUAUUUUGGUUCUGAAUCUGCCAUGCUAAGAUUGGAUAUGAGUGAAUACAUGGAGCGACAUACUGUGAGCAAGUUAAUUGGAUCGCCUCCUGGUUAUGUAGGCUAUGGAGAAGGAGGAACACUUACUGAAGCUAUCAGAAGAAAGCCCUUCACUGUAGUGCUGCUAGAUGAGAUUGAAAAGGCUCAUCCUGACAUAUUCAAUAUUCUCCUUCAGUUGUUUGAAGAUGGUCACCUAACAGACUCUCAGGGAAGAAGAGUGUCAUUUAAGAAUGCCCUGAUAGUGAUGACUUCUAAUGUGGGUUCUACAGCCAUAGUAAAGGGUAGACAGAAUACUAUUGGCUUCUUGCUUGCUGAUGAUGAAUCAGCAGCCUCCUAUGCUGGUAUGAAAGCAAUAGUGAUGGAAGAGCUCAAGACAUAUUUCCGCCCCGAGUUGAUGAAUAGGCUAGACGAAGUAGUAGUAUUCCGUCCUCUAGAGAAGCCCCAGAUGCUCCAGAUACUAGACCUGAUGCUGCAGGAGAUAAGGGCUAGGCUUGUUUCACUGGAAAUAAGCUUGGAGGUGUCAGAAGCAGUAAUGGAGCUUAUAUGCCAACAAGGAUUUGACAGAAACUACGGUGCACGGCCUCUUAGGAGGGCUGUUACUCAAAUGGUUGAAGAUCUCCUGAGUGAAUCUUUACUUUCUGGGGAUCUCAAGCCGGGUGAUGUUGCUAUAAUUAAUUUAGAUGAGUCUGGAAAUCCUGUUGUCGCUAACAAGUCAACCCAGAGUAUCCAUUUGUCUGAUGCGAACGGAAAUCCAGUUGUCACAAACCGGUGAAGCCGGUGGAUGUGUGUUGUAAGGUAUAACAGUGCGAUGCAGCUCCCUGUAUAUGAGUAAAUUUUUGUAUAGUUUUAGAUAGCUGAUUCAUACAUGUAAAGACAUGCCACAAAAUUCUUUCAACAACGUAUAAACUCUUAUGAUCGUCAUAAUGUAUUGAUGAUCAUGCAUUUAACCCUACAAA